AUGGCACAGGCACAAGGAGCCCUGCAGUUCGCUAAUCACGUUCGUUCUUGGCCUUUGAUUCAGUUUCAAGGAUCCCAAGCGCUUAUUAAAAUUCCCAAAGUUGAUCUGCCAAAUGAAGUGAAUACAUUUAACUUCCAGUUGUCAAAUAUUGGCAAAGAGAAUCCUCAGGGAAGAGUUGACUGUGUCCAGCAAAUGGACCCGAGUUUUGGAGCCUCGCAACAUUGUUGCCUGGGAUUUAUACAGAAUAAAAUUACGGUGUGUGGAACUGGUUCCUAUGUGACGUCCAAAGAUCACAUGACCCAGACAGAAGAGGAGUCGCGCAGUGGAAGUGCAAAGGUUACUAGACCUGGUGGACCAUUUUUAGGAAGAAAAGCACAGGUCAGAAGAGUACCACAAAACGUUCCAGAUCCUGUGCCUGUGAGGAAGAGAUCUAUGCCCAUGAACCCUGCAAGCACAGUACGGAGGGUUCACACACAGAGUGCUGUUACUCAGCGGCCGUACAGGGACCGGGUGAUUCACUUACUGGCACUGAAGAGUUACAAGAAACCAGAGCUACUCACUCGCUUGCAGAAAGAUGGUGUCAACCAAAAGGACAAGGACUGCCUUGGAAUGAUCCUUCAGCAGGUAGCCAUCCUGAAUACAAAGGAUAAUUCUUACAGUCUGAAGGAUUAUCUGUUUAAAGACAUUCAAAAAGAUUGGCCUGGAUACAAUGAAAUAGAUAAACAGUCAUUGGAGUUAAUACUUUCUAGAAAAUUAAAACCAUCUGAGGAUGCCACCAGCACCAAUCAUUUGGGAUCUUCUGUGACUUCUAAUAAAGAUAGUCCAUCAACUUCUCAGAAGCGGGGUUUGACUUACUCUUUUAUCGAUCCCCUGAACAAAAAGAGGAGGAUCUCUCGCCUGGCCAAGGGGGUCCAGUCACCGCUCCAUGACCGCUUGUCUGCCUUCAGGGAGAAAACCACUGUCGCCCCUCCGCCCCCUCCCCGCCCUGGAGCUAUCUCCAUUCCCUCUACUCACUCCAUGCGUAGGGCACGCCUUCCCACUUCCAACCCUCCGAAAACUGCCAGCUCCACCUUGCCCAGCCUCGCUGAGAGGUGCAGGACACAAAACCGGCCGGUGGACAGCUUCAGUCUGAAAGGCAGCCAGUCCUCCGAAGACCGGGGACAAAACCAUGCCUCUCGGUCUCCUUCGGGGGUCCCAGGGCCUGCCGCGGUGUGGGGGGGGUCCCGCAAGUCCACGGGCAAGAAGCAUCCGGCGCUGCACCAACAGCACGAGGUCGAGGAGCGUGCGGAGGAUGAAGGCGAGACGCAGCACGCUGCAAGCGCGAGCGGAGAGGAGAAAGACCUUGGAAAAGAAACAGCAGCCACUCUGAAUAGACCUUCCUGUCUGGAUUCAGAUGAAGAAUUUGAAGAAACUCUCUCUGCCUCCUCACAUUCUCUUUCAUCAGCAAGUGAACCACCGGACUACUUAACAAAAUACACCACUAUAGUCUCAUACGAGCAGCGCCAGAGAUACAAGGAUGACUUCACUGCAGAGUAUGAUGAAUACAGGAACUUGUAUGCUCACAUGGAGAGUAUCAGCCAGAAAUUUGUGAGUCUUGAUGCACAACGGCAGCUUCUCCCUCCAGGGUCCAAAGAAUAUCAGAUGCUUUGUGGGGAAGUCUUAGAAGAGUAUCAAAAGUUAAAAGAGGCUAGACCCAGCUACUUUGAACAGAAGUGUAGAUGCAAGUACCUCCACAGCAAGCUGUCCCACAUUAAGAGACUAAUAGGGGAAUUUGACGAACAACAAGCCAAGUUACAGCACUACUCUCCUGCUUUGACCAGGACAUGUGAAUGAACCAAAGCCUACUUAUUUAAAACUUAAGAUUAUUUCCUCUAAGAUUCUAAAAGUUAGUAUUGACCUUUUACAUUACAGAAGUUUCAGUAUUAGCAGAUUUAACUACUUUUGUUGUUGUUGAUGUUGCUUAUAUGAAUAUUUGAAGCUGCUUUCUUCAAGUCCCUUCAUUUCUUUGAGAGUUACGUUUGUUCGUUUAAAUAAUAUUGUUUGUUAGUAGAUACUCGGGAUCCGGUACCUCUACUACGAAGUUGCGCACAUAUUAAGAAAAUAUUGUAGCAAAGCGAAAUGCCUUUGGAUAAACUGUUUUCUGACUUUUCUUAUUAAUACAAACUCUUUGCCUUAAAUGGUAGAAGGUUUAGAAAUUUGCACAAAAAAAAAAAAAAAAAUCACAUUGUUUUGGAGGUUUAAAGAGGCAUGUAUAUGUGCUGUAUAUGGCACGUUUUGUUACAAAAGAAACUCACCCCUGCAACUUAAACCUCCCAUUUCAGUGGUUGCCUUAAGGUGUUUGGUUAUGUAUAUUUAGUGGAGUUAAAUUAUUAGCUGCACUGCUUCCUCCUUUGCUGAAGCACCUGGGAAGCACUAUGUGGCCUGUCAGUGGCUGGGAGUAUGUGUUUGUACUGUACGUGUGCAAGGAUGUGUGGGUGUGAGCAUGUGUGGUGGGGAGAGAAAAAAAACAAA